GAGCUUGGCCAAUCAACUGACCAGCUGAAAGGUUUGCUGGGGAAAGUGCAAAGCCAGCUGCUGCAAAUGAAGAGCCAAGGCUCCAGUGCCAAAUGUGACCAGAAGCAAGACAACUCUCAAACUGGAGGAAUGGAUGAGAGUCCGGAAAAAUCAGAGCUGCGGAAUGACAAGGUUUCCGAUGCUGAUAACAUCGUGUCUGAAAAGGACGUCGUUCCAGAAGUGGUAGGCAAACCAGCAUCUGGCGGUCAUGCUUCCGUCCAAGGACGGAAUGUGGGCAGUGUCAGCCCACGUCAGACUGAAGACAGUGAUGCCGGAUGCUUGCCAAUGUCGAUAGUUUGCCCAGGCGUCUUUGGAAUGUCAACACGGCCUUUUUCAAGAUCGCGAUCGACCCGAGCUCGAGGGCGGCGUUCGGAUUCGCCAUGGUCGGAGCACAUCGAUCCUGCUACAGGACUCACAUACUACUACAACUCUGAGACCAAAGUCUCAGUUUGGACCAAGCCGGGAGAAGAGAUGGCCUCAGAAGUAGAAGAGGUGGACGAAAAUGAGGUCCCGGUGGAAGUGCAAGAGCCAGCAGCAGAGAAAGCCCUGACACCAACAAAGGUGUCCAGGGCGGCUUCCUCAAAGAGCUUGCGAGGACACAUGCAGGAAAAGAAUCGAGGUGGAGGUCCCAGGAGAUCAUCAGAGGCUGGACACCUUCACCACCACAGGAAGAGCUGCCUGAUUGAUCCACGCUGGGGCACGAAGCUUCUGUGGGAUUUCUUCGUGAUGUUUGUGGUGCUCUUCGAUGCGCUCAUCCUACCCUUUCAGCUCGCAUUCAAGAACAACAAUCACGAUGCUUUCGACGAGUUCUGGUUUUGGUGGACGACCAUUCUAUUCGGCCUUGACAUCGUGAUUAGCUUUAACACAGCGAUUCAAGUGGAUGAUGACGGUAGCCGACCAGAUGCCUUGUUGAGAGACAGGAAGGCAAUCGCACUGGCUUAUGUCAAGGGAUGGUUUUGCAUUGACUUUUUCAGUACAGUGCCGUGGCCUCGCUUAGCCUCUAUGUUUGCAGCGGGCGAUGGAGGUGGCUCAACUCAAGCAGCCAAGCUGUUGAAGGUGGUGAAAUUCUUGCGGCUCAUGCGGCUCAUGCGGAUGCUACGCAUGGCAAAGCUGCGAAAGCUGUGGGAGAGGGUGGAGGAUGAGAUCGGGUCAGUGUUGCUUGUCCAGUCCAUGAUGUUGGUUCGCAUUCUGCUUAUCGUCAUUGCGAUUUGUCAUUGGAAUGCGUGCAUCUUUUGGAUGGUUGGCAAUCCAGAAAGCCUGAUCACAGACCUCAUGCCUGAAAAGACCUAUGAGGAAUUUUUGCAAGUGCCACACUGGACCACAAUCAGCAGGAGUCAAGGCCCAAACCAAAGCACCUGGCGGUGGAUUGAUAGACCAACAUCAGAGUCGUACAUUUUCUGCUUCUACUGGACUUUGGGAGUUAUGAGGACCAUGCCAGCUGAAGUGACCCCAGUCAACUUGGCAGAGCGAAUGUUUGUGCUGUUCUUUAUGUUCUUUGCCCUUUCUGCCUUCGCCAUCUCGGUUGCAUCUUUGACCCAAGCCUACUUCAAGAUCUCAGAGCGUAGCCGCAGCUUCACGGACGAACUCUUCGCUGUACGCAUGCUCUUGAAGAGAUUGAAGAUGGAUCCUCAAAACAGGCGUCGCAUUCGCGACUGUCUGAACUUGCUGUUUGAGAGGCGCAAGAUCAUGGCAAAGGAGUCCCGCCUCCUGUCAGAGCUGCCAGAUGAGCUUCAGGAAGAGGUGGAGCGAGCCAAGAUACAGCAGCACUUGUUUAGGUUGCCAGGUGUCUCAGAGCUGAGCAAGUCUCAGUUGGCAGAGAUUUGCAACAAGAAGAACGAAUGCGUGAGCUUCUUCGUCAUGUGUCCGGGAGACGUGGCCUGCACAAUGGGAGAGGAAGCCAAAUGUGCAUGGAUCUUGUGCGCUGGAAGACUUCAAGCCUUGGAUGCCUUUGGUGAAGUGAUGAUCCUUGGUGAUGAAUCCUUCGACGCAAUAGAUGAGGAUACCCUUUGGAGCGCAGAGCCAAUGGAGUCCCCUUUCACAGUGACUGCGUACACAGCGUGCGACAUGCUCUGUAUCAACAAGGACAAGUUCAUAGCGAUAGCGACCAAGGAGGAGGAGGUGUGGAAGUGCCAAUCGCGAAAGAGGAACCCGCCCAUGGCACAAAAAGCCUUGCAACACCAUCACAUCUCCACUACGGCUUCAGCAGCAGCAGCCGUUUCCUCCAUUUCAGCCGGGUGA